CGCACCGCCUUUUCCGACGACAACAACAACAACAAUAUCAACGUUUCGCAUCAAUCUGUUGCGCCAUCACGGAUCGACCCGGGAUCAAGAAUCACUGGUUGACAAUUCCUACAAACAAGAAUAAUCCUUGCGGUAACUCACUUCACAUUCAAACAAUUCCCAUCUUGCCAUCGCUCGACCCCUCCCACUUCCAACCAACGACCACAACAAUUGCGGAGCUGAGCCUGCCACUUGUUCAUCGCCCUUGUUACCACUCUCACCGUCUCUUUUAAUUCGUCGCACAGCAUCGCGAAUAUAAUACAAACAACUACGGCAACCGCCAAACCCCUCCAGUUUCUACCAUUACCUAACCCUCACAUCACCUUCACAAGUCGCAUGCCAGCGCAACCACCGGCAAAAUGAAGUUUCUAUCUCUUCCUGCGAUAGAUGUUGUGACGAGCGCUCUGAACUUCGACACACCAGACUGUCACAUCACCGGCAGCUGCGAUCUCUACACCACCAAGGCUGCGGGUUCCGACAAGCGCCUUUACAAGAACAUCCAACAGUCUCUCCAAACUCAGCAUGACAACCUCAUCAAGUUUGGCAAGUCACUGUCACCACCACAGCGCGAAUCAAUCGCCGAGACCAUCAACUUCGAACGGUCUUCACCAUUCGGCUCGCUCAACGAAAAGGCCAACCGCAAUACCUACGCAUACCUAAUAGCCACUCUCAAUGCGUCGCAUCCCGACUACGACUUCUCCAAUGUCCUGCGACCCGACGACUUCAAGCGCGAGAAAGAGUUGAGGCGUGUCAUGGCCCACAUUGAUAGUACCUUGCAAAGCGUGCGGCCCAACUCCUCCUUCCUGGACGUCACAAUACCUCGCAUGGGCUCCUCGCCCGCCGCCGCCUCCAGCUUUGGCUCCUCAGGCCUCGCCAUGUCACCCGUCUGGGGCCCCGCCAUGUGGGCGUCCAUCGACAAAGAAAUGGACCUCAAGGACUGCUCCAUCUUCUCCUACCAACCCGUCGACGCCCCGUUCGACGAGGAAGAGGGCGCCAUCUGGGCCCUCCACUACUUCUUCUUCAACAAAACUCUCAAGCGCGUCUGCUACCUCUACGUGCGCGGGAUGCCGGUUAUGUCCCAUAGUCCGAGAAUACCGGGUCACCACGCCAUCAUCUCAGCAAAAGGCGGACUCGUGCGCCCACGCCGCGCCCUCUACGGGAUCGACGAGGAGCUCGACGACGGCGGAGCCAACAAGCGCGCGAGGUACUGGCUCGGAGACCAGUUUGCCGAGCGUGUCAUGGCAGAUGACGACGAGUUGGAGGCCGAUGAUGGUCUAAUAUGGAAUCGCGAUGCUGAUGGUGAUGUCAACUAUCAGUAUCACGAUGACGAUUACGACUAUGAUGACGUUGAGAUCCUGGGGGAUUACGAAGAGGACGAAGACCUCGAAGAGGAAGAAGAUGGCAAUGACAAUAACACUAAUGGUGGUCGGAGUCAACCUUCGGCCGCCAAGGGGGGUUGGCGUUCUGAGAAUGUUCCGUACCGGGGGGUCAGUGAGGAUAUUGCGUCGAGGAUGGAGAUUGAUGUCUAAGCCUCUUGUGCUUGUGAUAUCAAUCCGAUUCCGUUAGGUCCUUCAAAGAACUACGACGCUGAUGACAGUUCUCGAGGGGGCUGUCAUGUUAUUAUUGCUUUCUUGCUACGUUUUUUGCUCUUUUUGUUUUGACGACAAACCUCAUUGCGCGCGGGCCUACGGGAGCGUGAGAGGCUCCUGAUUUUCGAGAUACCAUGGUGUUGGUUCGCGCUCGCAUUUCUUUCCUGUUGGUGUUUUCAU